CAUCCACUAUUUCAAGAACCCUUCCAAACCAAACUUUUUCUUCUCUUUCUCUUCUCUCACCGGCCAAACAGUUACAACACCACUACCUCCAUCCCUUCGUUUCACAAUUCUAAGUUGAUACAUCCUUGUACUUGUACCCCUCUAAUGUCGUAGCUAUAACAACUUAGACUACAUCAUCACAUGUUCUCUCUCUCUCUCUCUCUCAAUAGUUACUCCAAAACCACAAGCACUUGUACUACCCCUUCAACCUCAUGGCUCAUGCCACCAAGUACAUUCCCAUGAUCCACCUCAAGAGCCUCUUCUCCAUUCACAAAACCACCAAAACACUCACCUUUGCCUAUGUCUUUGCCUUUGCCUUUUUUGCUUUCACAGUUUUUUUGGCCUUCUAUCCCUCUUCAAACACUUCAUCUCCUUUGUUCACCAACAUCUUCCCCACAACUUCCUACAAGUCCCAAGUCUCUUCCAUUUUCUCUUUCUUCUUCAACACCACCACUUCAUCUUCAAAUUCCUCUAGUGCUUAUGCCACCCUUCACUCCAACCCUUCUAGAUCUACCAACACCACUUCUAAACCCCCUCAAAAGACAUUCAAAACCACCCCUAUUCAAAACCAAACUCAAACUAAUUCAACCACAAACAAGGCCAAACCACAUGAUCAUGUUGUGAACAAGGAACCAUCAAGUGGUAGCAAUCGAACCCAAGUUGAAGCUAAGCCUCUAAAGAAGACUAAUCAAUCUUCAAGUGGUGUGGACCCUGCUCAUAAUUUUUCAGGGGCAAGUCACCAUCAGAAUUUGAGUUCUUUGGUGAAUGGAGGGGACAUGGAAAAGGGUGUUGUGCAUGGUAAUUACACGGUUUCCCCUUUGAAGAAACAGAACAGUGGGAACGAUGAAAAGGGUUCAAGGGUGAAGGAUGAAAAGAUGGAGUCUUUGAUCAAGUGUGAUUUUUUUGAUGGGGAAUGGGUUAAGGAUGAUUCCUAUCCCCUCUAUGAACCUGGUUCUUGCAACCUGAUCGAUGAACAAUUCGAUUGUAUCCAAAAUGGAAGGCCUGAUAAAGAAUAUCUGAAAUAUAAGUGGAAGCCAAAUGGAUGCAGCCUCCCAAGGUUGGAUGGGCAUAGAAUGCUGGAUUUGUUGAGAGGCAAGAGGCUUAUUUUUGUUGGUGAUUCCAUCAAUAGGAAUAUGUGGGAAUCUCUAAUUUGCAUCCUUAGAAACUCUGUGAAAGACAAAAGCAGAGUCUAUGAAGCAAAUGGAAGAGUCCAUUUUAGAGGGGAAGCCUCUUAUUCAUUCAUAUUCAAAGAUUAUAACUUCUCCGUGGAGCUUUUCGUGUCCCCAUUCUUGGUUCAAGAAUGGGAAGUUCAAGUCAAUAAUGGAACAAAGAAGGAAACACUUCGGCUUGAUUUAGUUGGUAAAUCUUCAAAUCAAUACAAAAAUGCGGAUAUAAUCAUCUUCAACACUGGCCACUGGUGGACUCACGAUAAAACUUCUAAAGGGAAGGACUAUUACCAAGAGGGUAGUCAUAUCUAUGAUGAAUUGAAUGUUUUGGAGGCUUUUCGAAGGGCUAUAACAACAUGGAGCAGAUGGAUUGAUGCCAACAUUGAUCCAUCCAAGUCUAUGGUCUUCUUCAGAGGCUAUUCUGCUUCACAUUUCAGUGGGGGGCAAUGGAAUUCUGGUGGACAAUGUGACAGUGAAACUGUGCCUAUAAAGAAUGAGAAAUACUUGAAGGAAUACCCCCCUAAGAUGAGGGUAUUGGAAAAGGUUUUGAAGUAUAUGAAAACACAUGUCACAUACCUGAAUGUAACUAAAAUGACAGAUUUCAGAAAAGAUGGUCAUCCCUCAAUAUAUAGGAAGCAAAACCUCUCACCAGAGGAGAGAAAAUCACCAUUGAGAUUCCAAGACUGUAGUCACUGGUGCCUCCCUGGUGUGCCUGAUGCAUGGAAUGAGAUUCUUUAUGCUGAGCUUCUGUUGAGAAAGUAUCAGAAUCAGCAUCAGCAGAAAAACAAUAGGUAAAUUAAAAAUCACUUAUAUUGAAUGAAUUUAGCUGAACAGAACUAGAUGCAAUAUAUAUACCAUUUUUAUACCUUUCAUAUUAAGAUAAGGAAGGGAACAAACCAUAGAACAAGUUUUUAUAAUUUUGUAGAGGUUCAAAAGAUGUUUAUGCUUAGUGAAAUGAGAUUAAGAGAAGUUCCUUGAAAUUAUUCAAUAAAUGUGUUCAUAGGAAUAAUACAUGUUAGUUAGGACUUGAGAGAAGAUAAUGGGUGUUUUGGUUUGUCAUUGUAAACCACCAUCUCAAUUUUGUUUCUGUAGGCUCAGUUCUAUUGUAUUUUUAGUUUAAUGAAACCAAUUCCUCGAAUUGAAUUGUUGCUGGAACAAUUUCAGUAAAUAAUAAACAUUAUUUUUCUUUA